AUGCGAAACAAACUCAAACUAAGUAAAAUAAGUAAGGAUGCUUCGUGUACGAGUAAAAACCCUCUGCGAGCCACCGAGGUGAUAACGUUAUCAGAUGAUGAAACAUCACCUGUUGCAAAAGACAAAUGUUCAAAUGUUGCUGAAGGAAGUAUCUCAUCCUGUAAAGCUCAACCCCUGCAGGAGAAGAAGGGGGGGUGUUACGCCAAAGACAUCAACAUCGCUCCUAUUUUCUUACGUAUAACACAGCAGGGCAAGGGUAAAAGGAGCAGUGAUGGUGGAUUUGAUCAACCAGAAGAGGAGUUGCAGAAAUCAAUGCUUCUUCCUCAAAGUGAUGAACAGAAACCUGUGAAAAGUCGGUUAUCAUCACCUGCAGGAUUUCACCUGACAGAGAGGAAGAGGUCCUGGAAAUGGCAGUUGUCAUCCUCAGCUCUCCUCGGCUGCCUGGAGGAAAUACAAACAUCUAACCUGGCAUUUCCAGUCCAGAGAGUGUUUGGCUCUCUUCAGGAGAAAAAUGUGGGAUCCUUAGAUUCCAGUUUUGAGGAUGAACUCUGGACAGACAAGUACAGUCCUCAGCGUUCAAGUGAAGUCAUUGGCAAUUCUGCUUCGGUGAAUAAAUUGCACAGUUGGUUGAAGAAAUGGAAACUAAGAGCUGACUUUGACGAGAGGAGGAAAAAGGAGGAAAGAAAACAAGAGGAAAACAGCAGUGACUCAUGGGACUGUGGAGACUUCCAGGGUGAGGUUGGUACAGAGGGAGAAAGCUUGGAGCCGCCGUGUAACACAAUGUUGAUUACGGGACCUUCAGGUGGGGGCAAGACUGCCUCAGUGUAUGCCUGCGCCCAGGAGCUUGGCUUCAAGGUAUUUGAGGUUAACUGCUCGUCACAGCGCAGUGGCCGCCACGUUCUUUCCCAACUGAAGGAGGCAACCCAGUCACACCUAUUGGAGACGUCGGGGAAAGACCUUCUGAAACCUGCUUACUUCAACAACUACAACACCAAAAGCUGCUCACAAACAGGAAAAUCUGUGGCUCCCAAAAAUGUAAUCUCCAGCUCAAAGAAGAGACCAGCACAGAACCGCAAAGGAAAAGCUAAUCCAGCCACAGUUACUUUGGCAAACUUCUUUAAGAUGAAAGCCAAAGCAGAUCACUUACACUUUGGUGGCCUGUUGCCGUCUGAGAAUCCAGACAGGAAGAAGCCCGACAGUUCAUCUCAAGGCUCCGAUCAAACAGCGCUACAGAACAAAAAGAAAGCCACAUCACUCAUUCUGUUUGAAGAGGUUGAUGUCAUAUUUGAAGGCGAUGUUGGUUUCCUCCCAGCUAUCAAGACUUUCAUGACGACCACAAAAAGGCCGGUCAUUCUGACCACCAACGAUCCCUCAUUCAGAGAGAGAUUCUGCUGCAGCUUGGAAGAAAUCAUUUUCAAGACACCGUCAGCAAUGAAUGUGUGUAGCUACCUGCAGCUGGUGUGUUUGGCUGAGAAUGCAAAACUGGAGUUGGACGAUGUUAUCAGCCUCCUCACGCUGACCCGAGGUGACGUCAGACGCUGUCUGCUCCAGCUGCAGCUCUGGGUGAACAGUGGUGGAGGACGGACAUCUCAAAGGGGAGACAGUUUAGACUCUCAGCUUAAUCGACGUGACGCAGGCUGCUCUGCCAGCAUGCUGGGUCUCCACUCUGUGACCCAGAACCAUCUGUUGAACCUCCUAAAGGUAAUUAUUGAUAGAGUCAUUACUUCCUGGACUGACUCAGACAUGAACAAGCUCCUGCAGCUCCUUGCUGAGAGCUGGAGAAGAAAUAUUCCUCUGCUCUACUCCAACCAGGAGCUUUUUCUACCCAUCAGGGCCAAGGGAGCUCCAGUCCAAUACCUGGACAAGGUGACCUCUUCUGGGCAGCAAAGUGAGCUGGCACCCUCUGACAUCCAGCUGAAUGGAAAUGUUGAUUCAAUGGCAACAGCAGCAAAAAGCAACUCAGUUAGGAGUGUAUCCAGGCUUAGCCGAAGGAAAUAUACUUCAGCUGCAUUUAAUGCCACAUCAUCUUCCAAUUUGACAGAAAAACCUCAAACAACCUCAUUAACUUUCCAUGCAACUCAUUUUAGAGCCCUGAGUUCGGAUGACAGGACUGAACUAAACGCAGCCAAAGUAACAACUGAUUGUUUGGACGCCCUGACCGACUUCUUUGACCUCAUGUCAUAUCUGGAUGCCACAAUACCAUCUGCAGAACCACUUAUUUCAGACCCAUGCAGACCAGAGUUUGUCUGGACAGGAGCAGAGAUGAAGGACAGCUUGCUGGAUGAAAUGAGAGAGGGGGAGCAGGAGGGUCGAUGUUGUCGCCAGGACAUGUUGUUAGAUAUUCAGGCUGCUGUUGAGGGUUUGGGGUUUCGCAGAUGCUGGAGGAGAGCGUCUGAAUCGUGGACCGAAGCCCAUAGAUGCAUACAGAAACUGGGAGGCACAAGGUGGGGGAGGCUGAUGGAGACACCGAAACUUCCUGUGUCUGUCAAUAAAAAGAGCCUCAGCUAUAGUUUUCAACCUCUCUGUGCACCAAGUGUGUCCCAAAGUAGAUAUGAGCUGAGCAGGACGGUGCUUGGCAGUCAGUCCUUCAGCCUACUGGGGAACAGGCAGGCUGUCACUGUCGACUACAUGCCUGUCCUCCGCUCCAUCUGUCGCUCUCAGAGACCACAGCAACAAAGAGAGGAGCCAGUCAGGUGUCUGAACUACCUCAGCAGCAAACAUCUGGGCCUCCCAAGGUCAACAUUGCAAUGCCUGGCAGAAGAUUUCUCAUAGAGCAGUCCGCCACAAAGGCUGUUACACAUCACAUUUUCAAUCUCAUCUU